AUGAUGGCUGCCAACAACACGAGUAAAGGCGUUGACGCCUGGAUCAACUACUAUAAACCGCCAGCAGAUGGCUCUCUGCCGCAGCAUAACGACCUGGAGAUCAUGCUAGGAGAUAAGGACAUGGUCUCCUAUCGCAUGCGCAUCCACGACUUGCGCGGAAAGGAGAACGACUUCACACUCGAUACCCACGGACUACAGUACGCCAAACUGCAGACGAAAGUCACUGACUGGGCAAACGAGGACGAGAUCAAGUCGACGUAUUUCCCAGAGGUUGAGGAGCUCGUGAAGCGAGUCACUGGAGCUUCUCAGGUCUUGGUCUACAACCAUACCGUUCGCAAUGCAGCCGCAAAUGACUACGGAGACCAUGUCAAGGGGAUCCAGGGUGUCACUGGUCCCGCGCGCCGCAUCCAUGUCGACCAGACUCCCGAAGGUGCAGCGAGCACGGUGGCAUUCAUGUUUCCAGAACAGGUAGACGACUUUACGAAACGGGGAUACCAGCUUCUGAAUGUUUGGCGGCCGCUCACUCGCGUUUGCCGUGAUCCACUGAUGGUGGCAGAUAUGUUGAAGAUGCCGGAGUCGGAUCUCGUCGUCGUUCCGCGGUCCUACUAUAACGGGAUGAAAUCUUGGAAUUACGCAGUAAAAUACAAUGGAAGCGAGGCCGCUAAUAAUGCGGAGGCAAUCGUCGACGGGAAGAGUAGUGGAGGAGAGCACAGCUGGUGGUAUAUUGGCGAUCAGGAGGCAGACGAGGCCAUGAUAUUCUCUUGCUCCGACCUUCGGCCUGGGAAACGAGCGAAUGGCGCUGUACACGGCUCUUUUUGUCUUCCUGACCAGGAGAAGUUCCCGGCUAGACAGAGCAUUGAGGUUCGCGUGGUUGCAGUCUACUGA